AUGUCCAAGGAGAACUCCCAGAUACCCUACGAGUCGUUGGAAUCAAUACGACAUCGAUUGAACCAAGUCUACGUCUCGCUUCGAAAGCUUGCUGAUCAAAUACGGUACCAACCAACGGGCAAAAUCAGACUCCCCAACUAUGCCCAUUUUGUUAACCAAUUUCAAAUCCUUAUCACCCAGCUCAACUCCAUCACAUCUACCCUUAAUAACAAUGCUGAGGUGUUAUCGUCGACCAAUGUGUACCCGCUCCCACUGUUCCCCACGUCACAGCACGAGGGGUUGUUGACAACGUUGUUGCGGAAGAAGGUGUUGCCAGAUGUGGACGAGUGGAUGGAAGAAGCGAGAAAGUGUCCCGAGGGAGUUACCGAUCAGACGGCCGAAUGGUACGCUACAAAGCUUCUUGAACUCAGAGAUGAUGCGUUGUUUUUCGGGUUCGACACUCAGGAGGAGCUCGACGAACGGGAAACACCCAAGGGACAACAACGAGUGGAGGAAGCGAAGCAGAAGGAGAAAGCGAAGGCCGAGGCGGAGGCGAAGAUCACUAAUGGUAAAACCGCCAUGUCCCCUGACGAUACCCUCAAAUUCAUGUGCACUGGACUCAUUGAAUGA